AUGGCGACAAUGGUGAAUGUAUGGAUCUGCGAGCUCUCGAAGCUUCGAGAGAAAAUCCAGGUGGAGAAGAAGAAGACGAAGCAACAUAAUUUAUCCAUCAAAUCGGUGUCAACUCAACAACAUGAAGAAGAAGAAGAAGAAUCGAGAACCAGUAGCGCACAAUCAGCUUCUGGGUUGCCUGCGGAGAAAAAGUUGUCGGAGGAGACGAUAUUUUGGCUCAUGGAUCGAUUCGCACCUUGCUAG